AUGACUGGCGACAAAUGGAACCAGGAUGUUGGUAGGGACAAGACGGACGAGACAGAAGCACUGCCACCAUAUGCAGUUGUUGACGCUGGCCCCUCAAGUCAGGCACAGCAGAGCUCGGUGCCAAGAGAUCUUGCGUCUUCAGCAAAGGGCCCAACUAUAGCGUCACCAUUCAACUUUCCAGCAGAUAUACCCGCUCCAGCAUAUACACAAUCAUCAACACCAGUACAAAAGCCCAUCGCCAUCCCUCAAUUGUCCCCGGACGCUACGGCACCAUUCUUACACGCUUUCGCGCCAUCACUCCUAGCACAUGGCAUACCGGACCAAACCUGGACUUCGUUCCUGGACACCAUGUCCGCCUUCUUGGCCGCCAAAGUCACUGACAGGGCAGUCAGUCACGCAGCUGACGUCGCGAAGGAAGUUGGUAACGUGCCGAAGCGCUUCGGCAAGAACGUGGCAUCUCACGCGAAAAGCAUCGGCCGCAACAUCAGCGACCGUGCCAAGAAGGGCAACAUCGUGGGGGCCGCCUUUGGCGUGAUCGGCGGCGCAAUCAGCCUGCCGGUAUCCACAGCGAUCGGAGCGGUGGGCGCUGUUGUCAGCCUCCCCGGCACGGCCGCCAACGCUGUUGCGCAGAAUCCCAGGACACCUAGGGAGCGCGCUGCAGUGUAUGCCGCGGUGGCGAACAAGGACUGGUUCGGCCCGCGUCAUCUGCACGCGCAGCUGCUAGACACGUAUGAGCUGGCUCGGCUGCUAGGCGUGUCGAGCAACGAGAUCCUUGAGGGGGCGCUACAGGGGAAGAGCGCAGAUGCAGAGACACAGUUGAGGUCUCUCAGGACACAUUUAUCCGAUUUACAGUUGGAUCAACAUACGACCCUCCGACUAGGCGAGAGGACGCUUUGGCUGGUAAUAACAAAAGACAGCGCAAGCUGGUAG